ACUUCCCUUGCCAUCCAUCCCCAAAUGUUCUCAAUGGGAUUUAGAUCAGGAGAACACGCAGGCUGGUCCAAAAGAGCAACGUUAUUCUCCUGGAAGAAGUCCAUCGUCAGGCGGACGUUGUGAAUUGCAGCGUUGUCCUGUUGAAAGACCCAGUCAUUACCGCACAGACGGGGGCCCUCAGUCAAGAGGGAUGCCCGCUGCAACAUGUCCACAUAGCCAGUCGCCGUUUGACGCCCCUGGACAACCUGAAGCUCCAUUUUCCCAUUGAAGGAAAAAGCACCCCAAAUCAUGAUGGAGCCUCCUCCACUGUGCCGCGUAGAAAACAUCUCCGGUGGGAUCUCCUUGUCAUGCCAGUAACGUUGGAAGCCAUCAGGACCGUCCAGAUAAAAGUUCAGGAAGACUUGGUUGUUUCGGUUGGCUGUUGGUUCUCCUAUCCCUCCUCUUUGUAGCAGCAACCUUCCCACUCACAAUAUUUAUGUGUAUUAAGAUAGUGAAGGAGUAUGAGCGAGCUGUCAUCUUUAGGCUCGGCCGGAUCACAGACAGAAAACCUAAAGGGCCAGGACUUUUCUUUAUUCUGCCAUGCACUGAUAACUUUGUGAAAGUUGAUCUGAGAACUGUUUCCUUCGACAUCCCUCCACAGGAAAUCUUAACCAAAGACUCAGUGACAGUGUCUGUGGAUGGCGUGGUGUACUUCCGCAUACACAGCCCCAUCUCAUCUGUAGCCAAUGUGUCCAACGCCCACUUAUCUACACGGCUGCUGGCUCAAACCACCCUGAGGAAUGUACUCGGCACCAAAAUCCUGGCAGAACUGCUAUCUGACAGAGAGAGCAUAUCACUCAGUAUGCAGGAAGCUCUGGACGAAGCCACUGAACCGUGGGGUAUUAAGGUGGAGCGUGUGGAGAUAAAGGAUGUGAAACUGCCUCAGCAGCUGCAGAGAGCCAUGGCAGCAGAGGCAGAAGCCAGUCGGGAAGCCAGAGCAAAGUUAAUUUCUGCAGAGGGGGAGAUGAAGGCCUCCAGGGCUCUGAAAGAAGCCUCUUUGAUAAUUGCUGAGUCACCCUCUGCUCUCCAGCUGCGAUACCUGCAAACCCUCAACACCAUUGCAGCAGAGAGAAACUCCACCAUCAUCUUUCCUCUGCCCAUAGAUAUGUUGCAGACUUUUAUGCAGAGGAAGUAAUAAAUCUCACAGACAGCAAUUACUAAAAGAGUUAAAUGAAA